AUUAUGUUACAUUUGACGUCAAUACGUGACGCGAAAUACCAGUCUAAGUUAAUGUCUCUAGUAAACAAUAGGUAUCACAACUAAUGUUUUCAUGGGAAAAAACGAUUCGUGCAUGUUUUUACCUCGAACAUUUGUCGUCCUCUAUGUUUUCAGUGCAAUUUCCUCUCGAUGUAUAAGCGAUUUCGUGAAUAUUAUUUGUCGGCAUAUUAGAACGGUGGGAACAGUGAUUAUUAAAAAAGAACAACGUAUAAAGUGGUUAAAAUGUGAAGUGUUAGAAACAUAUAUUAUCCACUUAAAGUACCUAGUAUGAUUCUCGCGACUGUUUAUAGCCCUAUCCAAUGACAGCAGUGUAUUAAACAUUAACUAUACAUUAUAUUAAAUCAAAUUUUGCAAAUAACAGAAGGCUAUUGAACUUGGUCCUUCGAUCCGGAUCGUCUUGACCCAUAUUUCCUGAAGAACAGUGGUGAUUUAAUGAGACGCAUUGUUUGCCAGACGUCUGACAUUGAGUUGAUCGAUCACAUAUCUUGGGAAAGUUCCGAAGAAAUUAAAUCUGACGACCAACUAACAAAAGAACGAGGGAUAUGCAUGGAGACCAACUGUGAUGUUCGUAAAUACUUCAACGUCCUGAGGGAAUGCCAGAAACGGCUGGAGAAGAAGCCGUACACUGCGGAGACCUGUCACCAAGAGACUGUGGACCUCAUCGAAGCCAUCGACCAUUGCGUCGCUGAUAAGGCGUUCGUCAAGUUCGCUUGAUACUGAUCCUUUAAUGGAUCAAGACUGGCAAUUUGAAUCUCGAAGCAGAAUCUAUGGUUUUAAUUAAAAAAGUGAAUGGUUUUUAA